AUGAAAUCUGUUCCAUACGUAUGUUAUGGUAAUUGUUUGUACAUUGAGUCUAAAAUAGCUAAUGUCACAGGUAUUUCAGGAGUUAAUAGUAAAGGUUCAGUAGAAUAUAAGUCUUUCUGUUAUGCAGUCAAUUCAAUGUUCAUUCCAAACGUUCCUGUCAUAGCAACUCAUUUAGGUAAAUGGAUUCGCAUUAGUCCUCAUAAUUUGAAAGACAUGCAAUUCAGACUUGUUGACUUUCAAGGAGAGCCUGUAGAACUGAAGGCACCAGUGCGAAUGACUGUUGAAGUUGACUUUUUAGAAAAUAUUAAAUGCAACAGCUUACAAGAGAACUCAGAGCUAAAAAUAUAA